AGAGAGAGAGAGAGAGAGAGAGAGAGAGAGAGAGAGUGCGUUUCUCCCUCUUCCCCUCUUUUUAAAAAUCCGACCGUUGAGCCUGUAAGUGGCUUACAGGGAAGUGAUUUCUCAACCCCACCGCCCUGCAGUUUUUUGGUAGAUUUGCCUGUAAGUGACUUACAGGUGAAUUUUCUCCCCCAAACACCAACUGGAAGUGAUUUCCCUGUAAGUCACUUCCCACUUACCCGACUUACAGGCAUCCAAACAGGCCCUAAAGCAUGGAAGCAACGCCAUCACCUGAGCUACCAGCCAGUCAGAUCCCAGCCACCUCGUGUCAGAUUCCGCUAAUCCCUUCAAAUCUCCUCCAAACAUUUCUCUCCUCCACUAAUUCGAAAACCCUAGACGAAGCUCUCCAAUCCCUUUCAGAAGCUUCUAGAACCUCUGAAGGCCGCUCCCAUCUCGCCUCUAUAAAAUCCCUCCUUCCAUCCCUUCUCUCUCUCCUCUCUCACUCCCUGUAUCCAAUAUCUCUCCCUCUUAAAAUACUACGGAACCUCUGUGCUGGAGAGAUCUUGAACCAGACGUCAUUCAUUGAAUCGGAUGGCAUCGAUGUUGUUGCAGCCGCUUUAAAAUCUCAGCCUCUGGAUCUCGAUGUGGCUCGGUUUGGUCUGCAGCUCCUGGGGAAUGUUUCAUUAGCAGGAGAAAUGCACAGGUCUGCAGUUUGGGAUCGGUUCUUUCCAGAAGGGUUCGAGGAGAUUGCGCAGGUCCGGAUAUCUGAUGUUGUGGAUCCGCUAUGUAUGGUUCUUUGCACAUGCUGUGAAGGCAGCAGUCGAAGAUCAGAAGAGAUUCAUGGAGAUCGAGGGCUGAGGAUUGUUGCAGAGAUUCUCACAACAGCAUCAGCAGUAGGGUUUCGAGAAGAUUGGUUGCCAGCUCUUGCAACAAGAAUUUGCUUCAAAGAAUCGUACUUACGUCAUUUGUUUUUGGAGUUAAGCUCCACCAAAAACAGCAGCAGCCUGAAGUGUCUGGAAGCCCCAUUUACGGUGGAACAAGCAUUUCUGCUGAAUUUGCUUUCGGAGACCAUAAAUCAGCAAAUAGACAGAAUUAAUGUUUCCAAUGAUUUUGCUCUGUUGGUUCUUGAAAUUCUCAAGAAUGCUUCUACAGUUGUUGAUUCUAUCUCCAGAGGCCAGUCAGCUCUGCCAACAGGUUCUCCUACAAUCAAUGUCCUCGGAUACUCUCUUAGCAUUUUGAGAGAUCUAUGUGCCCGUGAGGAUCCAAAUGAGUCGUCAUCAAUGCUCUCUACAGGAGGCUCUGAGACAGAAGGUUCAAUGCUUGUUGUUGAUUCACUGUUACAUUCAGGCCUACUUACUUUGUUAUUAUGUUUGCUUCAUGAGCUGGAGCCCCCAGAAAUCAUUAGAAAAUCCAGGGCACAGGAAGAGAAUCAAGGAAAGGUCUGCCCUUACAUAGGCUACCGUAGAGAUAUAGUUGCUGUCAUUGGGAAUUGCACUUUCAGAAGGAAGCUAGUGCAAGAUGAAAUUAGACAGCAGAACAGGAUUCUGUUGCUAAUGCAACAGUGCGUCGUCGACAUGGAUAAUCCAUUUCUGAGAGAAUGGGGCAUAUGGGCAGUGAGGAAUCUACUCGAGGGAAAUAUAGACAACCAGCGACAAGUAGCUGAAAUGGAGCUUCAAGGGUCCGUUGGCACCCCUGAAAUAUCUGGAUUGGGAUUACGAGUGGAGGUAGACCAGAAGACCCAACGUGCAAAGCUAGUCAACAUCUCUUGAUGCAAGAUUCCAAGCCUGAGUAGAAUUUUGAUCACAAUGCAUUCCUGGAUUGUGACUCUGAGUGGAGGUAGACGAGAAGACCUGAUGUGCAAAGCUAGUCAACAUCUCAAGAUUCCAAGCCUGAGAAGAAUUUUGAGCACAAUGCAUUCCUUUUACGUAAGUUUCUUAAUCAUUUGUAUUUAGGAAUGCUGCCUGCGGGCAUGCUUUUGCAAUCACCAAAUCCAGAUGCCCCCCACCCUCCCCCAGGAGUUGUGCUGAACCUCGGCUGUUCAUCGGGUGGGACGCUUUUCAGUAUGUGAGUUGGAAAAACAGUGUGGAGCAGUCAAUGUCUUUAACUGCCCUCUUUUGCAUUUGUGUGCGGGCUCACCUAUGAGUGGACUAGCUUGCUGGGGUCAUUUCACAAUAGCCGUGGGGUGCAGCCCUUAUCUCACAGACACCGCCAUGGUGGCACUUAUGUGGAAUCUGGGUUUGGCAGCUGCAGAUGUGUCUGCAGGUUGCAUUCCUCAUUUGCAUUACUUAUUUCCCAAGAAGCAUGUCUUGUAUGCGUGCUUCUGUAUUUCCUGCAUUACCCUUUGUAUGGUAAAUUUUUUUUUUUCCUUAAAAAACUAACA